AUGGCACCACCCACCUUCUCCAAGACCGCUCGGCGCCGCUUGCUAUCCGUCAGCGCACCACCUUCUCCGAGACCACUUACUGACCCACCACCGGAGCUCAAGAAGAUCCGCAAUGGUCGCGUCGAGAAGCGCCAGAAGCCCCCGAGCAAGCCCACCAAAGCUGGCCUCACCGAGAUCACCACCAUCGCUUCUCCAGCGCCGACGAAGUCGUUUCAAGCCCUUCUCGAUCUUGCGAGCAGCGCCAGCGCCACCACGCCGUACGAGAAGUUCUUCCCCCGCGAGUCCACCAGGGUCACCACCACCGCCGCCGCUUCUCCUGCGCCAUACAAGUCGCUGGAAGAUGUGGUCGACUUCGCCAACCUCACCAUCACCACCGUGUCGCUCGAGAAGUUCUUCACCCGUAGCUCCACCCAGCAAACCGGCUUGCUCCGCAUCGUCGAAGACGCCUACGUCAAGACCUUCGAUUUGUGGCUCUCCUCGUUCGGAUCUGCUACCAAGGUCAUCGCGCCGACCAUGCGCCCUGGUUUCCACGUCGAGAAGGUCUUCGGCGUCACCUGGGGCUUUGACGUCGGCAAGCACGACGAGCUCUUCGUUCAAAACGAGCACGCCUUCCACGCCGACAGCAUGAGCAAGCUGGCGGCUCAUCUCGCCAACCUGGCCGGCCACAUCGACGAUUACUGCUUCACCCUCGGCGGUUUUCUGUUCGCGCGCAAAUACCCGGGCACAUGGGCUGAGUGGGUCAAGGAGGGGAGGGUGCACUUCACCUUUGCUGACGACGUGGCGGUUUUUGGUCGCCGUAUCGCAGAGCGUGAGGGCGCGAUGGUUUGCAAGGACUGA